ACGCUGGCCCUGCGGACCAUCGGGAGGGAAGCACCGCACCCCUCCCAACCCUGGCCCGGAAGGAGCUGACGGGAGCUGGGACCUCGGCAGCCAUCGCGCUUUGCAGUUCGAACUAGAAGGUUGUGGGGCGGACUCCAGGUGGGGAAUUGCGAUCUCUCCAUUCGCAGACCCAGUAAGAUUUCAAUAUGUCCUUCAUAUUUGACUGGAUUUACAGUGGUUUCAGCAGUGUGCUACAGUUUUUAGGAUUAUAUAAGAAAACCGGUAAAUUGGUAUUUCUUGGAUUGGAUAAUGCAGGAAAAACAACAUUGCUACACAUGCUAAAAGAUGACAGACUUGGACAACAUGUCCCAACAUUACAUCCCACUUCAGAAGAACUAACCAUUGCUGGCAUGACCUUUACAACUUUUGAUUUGGGUGGACAUGUGCAAGCUCGAAGAGUGUGGAAAAACUACCUUCCUGCUAUCAAUGGCAUUGUAUUUCUGGUGGAUUGUGCAGACCAUGAAAGGCUGUUAGAAUCAAAAGAAGAACUUGAUUCACUAAUGACAGAUGAAACCAUUGCUAAUGUGCCUAUACUGAUUCUUGGGAAUAAGAUUGACAGACCUGAAGCCAUCAGUGAAGAGAGGUUACGAGAGAUGUUUGGUUUAUAUGGUCAGACAACAGGAAAGGGCAGUGUAUCUCUAAAAGAACUGAAUGCCCGACCCUUAGAAGUUUUCAUGUGCAGCGUGCUCAAAAGACAAGGUUACGGAGAAGGUUUCCGUUGGAUGGCACAGUACAUUGAUUAACAACCACUUGCAUCGGUUCCAGGUCUCACCAUUCAGGCCUACUCAGAGAUUUGAUCCAUUCAACAUGCAUAACUUGAAUUCAAUAGACUUUUGUUGGUUAGAAAACAGAUUUUUUUAGAUUAUUAAUAUUAUAUCAACUUAAUUUGAGUGCAAAUUGAAAACUGAUUCAAGUUUGAGUAUCACAAUGUUAGCUUUCUAAUUCCAUAAAAAUAGUUUAUACAGUUUAUAAUCUGACAUUAUCCCCAGUGCCAUUUAUAAAGAACAACUUUCCAGCAGUACAUUUGAAGCACUUUUUAACAACGUGAAGCUACGAAUACAAACCAUGUUUAAAAGCUCAUCAUGUUAAAUUUUUAUGUACUAUUUUGGAACUAAUUUUUAAAUUUUAGAUUAUAUGUCCACCUAUCUUAAGUGUACAGUUAAUAAUUAGGUUAUUGAUGACUGCAUGAUGCCUUACAGUUUUCAAUAAUAUUUUUUCUUAUGCAAACGUCAUGCAAUAAAACACAUCCUGAUGUUUGGCAUCUUUGUUGGGCAGGUGUUUCAUUUUAAUGUGUCUUAUCUAGCUAGUAUGUUCUGACAUUUUGAGUAUUUAAUAACAUACGUAUGAGGGGGUUGUGGGGCAAGGAGACCACUUCAGAAUUUUUAGGAUAAUGUGUAAAUCUCUAGAAGCUUUUGCAUUUACCAGAAGAUACACUGUGUUUGGUUCCACCUUACACCACAUUUCUCUCUGCAUCGCGUGUAUUUGUCACAGUAAUGCUACCAUGAUUAAUGCUAAUGGGAUCCACCUCCUAGUUUCUGUGGGAUCGGUCUUUUGAAGAAAAGCACAUCUUCUGGUACAACACAGGGUUAAUUUGGGGUUUGACAGGGCUAUAGCUCCAUUCCAGUUGUCUGAUUCUGAAGUAUUCCAACUUACCGGUGCCCAGUUUGGUCAUUUGUGCCUUUUCACCAAAAAUAGUGACGGGCACCAGUGUCCCCACAUUUAGAGGUACUCCCCACUCCCUUUUACAUAAUGAUGCAGGUAGCACAGGUAGCACAGCACCUUGUGCGUAGUUUCAUUGUGGAGGCCUGUGUGAGGAGAAAGGAACUGCCGUCUGAACUGCGUGGGGAUUCUGAUCCUGUCCUAUAGCUCUUUUGCAUUGUUUGGCAUAUUUUAUUUCUCAGUAGAAAUAAAUGAAUGCUUGUGUUCGAUUUUCUUUUUUCUUAAUUGCUGUCAGCUCUUACUUUAUAUUUAUAGCACAAAGUCUUUUUUGUUUUUACAAGUAAUGCCUGCUGUGUGAUAGCAUCUGCAAGCCUCACUGAUAGAUUAAUGUUUUAGGUAGCUUUUAGAGCACUUUAAUUUUCUAAGAAAUUGAGUAAUUCUUUUUUCCAUGAGCUUCUGAGAUUCCCAUAAUUACUAAAAUAAGCUGAAAGUAAGUGCCAAAUACGUAUUUUUAAAGACUCAAACUUAAGAGAGUUAGUUCUCUCUUGGUUAUAAACCAGGAUUUUAUAGUAUAUUUAACUAGUUCCAUUGAGAAUAGAUUGCUCCAUUCCAUCAAGAAUAAUUUUAAUAUCAGAAUUAGUGUUUUCUUUAGCUCUUUUCCAAAUCAGUUACUCUAGUUCUAUCAUUAAUAAUGGAACAUCUGAGACAGAUUAAGGAUUAAGGGAUAUGACUGGAAGGAAUCACCAGUUAGCUAAAUCAACAAGGUCAUUUCAACAUGACCUCUGGUUUUAGUAAUAUGGCUCUUCUGUUUCUUUCAAAUGAAAAUAAGAGCUUCUUCUCUGCUUAGAAUCAUCACUAGCAUCAUGGGAAAAGGAGGAGAUGACAUAUCAACCUGUUGGUUUAUUUUGCCACGUGUAAUUCAAGUACUCACUUUGAGGGGCACCUGACUGGCUCAUUUUAUGGAGCAUGUGACUUGACCUUGGGGAUGUGAGUUCAAGCCCCACACUGGAUGUAAAGAUUACUUAAACGAAUGAAAAAUAAAUCAAGUACUUCUAAUAUCCUGACUAAACAGAACUAGGCCUUAUUAAAAGUAACUGUCUCUUGUUGGUAUCUAUCUUGAGCACCUAGAAGGACAUUGCAUUUUCUUCAAGUAUUUCCUUAUAUUGUGAUUUUGUGAAAUCAAUUACUUGUGUCAUAAAUUGGUAUAAAGGGAAAAAAACCCUCCUAAUUUCUCUGAAGUGGAGAAAUGCUUUCUGGUACAAAAUAUAUCAUUCCAGAAUUCUCAUUCUAGUUCUGACACUGGGAUCAUAGAAUUAAAGUCAGUUGUGGACCACAACUAAACUGUGGCUAUUUUCCCAAUGAUGAGAAAUUCUUAUGGCCUGAAUGUUCAGAAAUGAAGCUGCACAUAGCAGCAAGUGGCUUUCAUCCCAGCUCUGGGGAGAUGGGCCCUAGUCAUUGGGCUUACCAUCUCGCUCUUCCAGCUCCUCUGAACACAUCCAUUGAGUCACUGCUCCCCUUCAAGAGAAGCAUAUUAAGAGAAGUGCAAGAAAAAGUGAAAGCACAUGGGGAAAACAUGUACUCUCUACGUGCUUGUGCAAGUAUGUGCGCCUGUUCAGUAUUUUGGGGGUAAACUGUAGCAUUGGGGACAUAGAUUAAUUUUGUACCUUUUACCAUAAGUUGUGAAAAUGUAUACAAGAUUGGAUUCCAUAUAAAACAGGCACUGCUCAAAAGAUACAUUAAAAUCUUUAGUCUACAGCUCUAAAAAACAAGAUCUCAGCCUACAUUUCUCAUUUUAAUGAAACCCUCAACCCCAUACCUCUUUCAAGGAUUGCUGUUAAUUGUAUUUUCGGGUAACUUUUUAAACUGAUUCCAGUUUGUCUUUAGCUCAGUGAAUUUUUUUUUUUUUAAGAUUUUAUUUAUUUAUUUGACAGAUAGAGAUCACAAGUAGGCAGAGAGGCAGGCAGAGAGAGAGAGGAGGAAGCAGGCUCCCUGCUGAGCAGAGAGCCCCACGUGGGGCUCGAUCCCAGGACCCUGGGACCAUGACCCAAGCCGAAGGCAGAGGCUUUAACCCACUGAGCCACCCAGGCGCCCCUAGCUCAGUGAAUUUUUAGAAUGGAGAGAGCAUAGCAUUUUUUAAAAUUGGGGCAAGACAUUUUCUGAAAUAUAUGAAAAAAAAAUCUUCACCAUUGGCUUAGUUGACCCAGUAUCUUUGAAUGCCAAAGAUGUAUGAAUCCAGAUACUGCCUGCAUAGAUGUCAGUUUUAGUUUUGUAUGCUUAUAUGUAACACACAUUUACUGUGGUUUACAAUGUUGUUUCUUUUCCUGAGUUUUGAACCAGCUCACACUUCUUCCUAGUACUUUCCAGCACAUAAACUUGCAAAAGGUAAUAGCUGUGAUAAUACUGCUUCUUGCCUUCUGCAAAAUGAUUUGAUCAGUCACAUUCAAAACACCUCAUUUUCACAAGUUCCAUCAUUAAAAACAGUGAUGUAAUUCUAGCUGACAUGAUUUGAGAGUUGCAGGAGAAGGGUUUACAUGUUGUGAAACUGUAUUGGUUGUGACUCAGUAUGGCAUUUCAGUCUUGAUAGUUAUGUGAUUCAAGUUUGCAAGGAUUUAUUGCCAAAUUUUCACCAGACUACAAUGAGAAUAACUAAUAUGAAGGGAAUGCUCUCAAAAUAUCUUGUGUUCCUUUUACUUAGAAUAUAUUGUUUGGAUCAAUUUAAACCUAUGUAAAAGUUGGUGAAGGUUCCAAAAAUUUCCAAGAAAGCAUGAAAAAAAUAGAGUUGAGCAAAUAAAAAUUCCUUAAUGCAAAAUUAAUGGUGCAUUAAAGGUUUUCUAUGAACCAUUACUAUUUUUUGCUAUAAAUCUAAGCGUUCAGAAAACAGUAUAUCUUCAAUGAAGGUCUAAAUUCUCAAAGCUAUACGGUAUGCUUCUGAUGGCUUCCAUCGCUGGUCUUUUGAAAUGCAAAUUAGUGCUUUUUUAACCCCCCCUCCCCCAAAAAAGGAAGGAAAGAACAGGUAUUGGAUUAUGGGACUGUGUCUCUGUGCAAAGUGAUUGGGAUUUUGUUAAAACCAUGUAUCUACUCUUGGUCCCUAGAACCAUCCCUCCCUCACACUCCCAUACCACACCUGGAUAAAAAGUAUGAAGGGGGGCACCCCGGUGGCUCAGUGGGUUAAGCGACUGCCUUCGGCUCAGGUUAUGAUCUUGGAAUCCCAGGAUGGAGUCCCACAUUGGGCUCCCUGCUCAGGAGGGAGUCUGCUUCUCCUGCUGACCUAUCUCCUCUCAUGCUCUCUCUCUCAUUCUAAUAAAUAAGAAAAAUAUUUUUUAAAGUAUGAAGGGAAUCUACAGAGUCACUGAAGAGUCAUAUUGAAGAUGUAGCUCUGAACCAACAAAUUUUUGUUCUCAUAAUUUAGAACAUUAAGUAAUUAAUGCAUUUAAUACCACUGAUUGAAUGUUCAGGGCUUUGACUACAUUUUU